UACGGCCUAAAAGGCCCACUUAGUGUACAUGGCCCAGAUUGGCGGACAAGAAAACGCCAACCGGCCCGCUUCUAGACCCUUCUCCUCCUGCAUUCCUUCCUGCCUCCUCGAUCCCAGUUCCCGGAAAUAAAAGCAGACCCCCUCCAUCUCUCUUCUCCAAUCCAUCUGCACAACGCCACCGCUCACUCUCCUAGGGUUUGCCGAUUCGAUUCCAUUCCAAACCGAGCGCACAUUCUCGCUCCCGGCGACGUACCGAUGGCGGAGGCGGAGGCUGAUAAGAUGCUCACCCUGCUGAGCUCCGACGGCGUGACGUUCGACGUGAAGGAGUCGGUGGCGAUGGAGUCGCAGACCAUCAAGAACAUGAUCGAUGAAGGCUGCACCGGCAUCAUCCCUCUCCCCAACGUCAGCUCCAAGAUCCUCGCCCUGGUCAACGAGUACUGCAGCAAGCACGUCCUGGCCCGCGCCGCUGCUGGAGCCGACGGCGACGCCCCAGCCGACGCCACCGCCCCAACCUCCAAGGCUGCCGAUGACGAGCUCGAGUCCUUCGACGCCGGGUUCGUCAAGGUCGACCAGACCAUACUCUUCGAGCUCAUCCUGGCUGCAAACUACCUGGACAUCAAGGGACUGCUGGACCUGACUUGCCAGGCUGUUGCCGACAUCAUCAAGGAGAAGACUCCAGAGGAGAUCCGCAAGGUAUUCAACAUCGAGAACGACUUCUCCGAGGAAGAAGAAGCGGCAGUGAGGAGGGAGAACCAGUGGGCCUUUGAGUGAAGAGUCAUCUAUUCCUAUGAGGGGCUGCUUUUGGAAGAUGCUACCUAGGAAACAUUGGCGUCAUCUAUUCCUAUGUGGGGCUGUUGACUGUUCGAACAAUUCUUAGAGGUUGUGUAAGUAGGCUCUGGUCAGAUCGGAGGGUUUUACUGUUGGCUAGACGUCAAGCUGUUCUCUUUUGGUGGCAUUGCUGCACUUCUGGAACCUGGAAUAUGAUGAAACGCUGGUUGCUGGUUAUCUGGAAAUGUGAUGUUUGGUUCUUCCGUGUUACGCCGAUUUGUUUCGGCUGGAA